AGUGUGAGAGAGUGUGAGGUAUUGACUGAGAGUUAGCCAAACAUUGUGUGACAGAGCUAUUGAUCGCAUCUCAUGGACACACAUCUGGUGUCAAAUGUGGUGAUCAUCGGAUCCAUUGGAUCCACUCGUGAGUGUCAGUGACCACAGUGUGAGAGUGAGUGUCUUCGGCCAUGUCUUCUAUGGCCAAACAUCAGGACUGGUUUAUGAUGACCGGAGACCUCAUCAUAAACCUGACUAACAUUAAGUCGGGAGACAUGGGUUACCACAAGAGGAAUCAGUUGAGACUCAAAUCCACACCUAAUCUGAUCCACUCGUCGCACAUCCAGAAGCAGUUCAACUCAGAGCCCAAUUCGCCGUCAAAUACAGACCACUUCGCGGACGCCAUCAAUGAUCACAACCACAGAAACAACGGCUUUGAACACAAAGAGACGCAAACCAACGGACAAUUGAAUCCAAACAAUGUCCACAAAAAUGACUUCAAUUAUCUCAACGAUAAGAAUGAGGCGAUGAAUGAGUUUGUGGCCAAACGGCAGAUGUCUUUGCCUUUGGUUCGGUUCAGCAAAAGCGACGAUCAGUUGACAUCCGAAGACAUAACAGUUGUCGACAUUAACUGUUCCGAUGAUUGUUGCAGUCAUUCAAUGGACACGAUAUUAAACGGCAAACAUUCGGACGAGUCGUCGGACCACAAGAAUUGGACCAAUUCUGACGAUUGGAGUCCCGAUAACGACCACCACUUCAUCAAUGAUGAUGAAGAGGAACUGUUGACGAACUCCACGUCCAACAAAUCGUCGCCCGACGACAGCCGAAGUCUGACCAUCUCUUCGGCGGCCAUUUCGCCCACAAAGACAUUGACGACAAUGAAUACUAUCGAACAAACGGAGUCCUCGAUGUCUGAAAACUAUUCACUCAUGAGUUCUCUUUCGUGUCAAACAUUAGAUCAAAACCGUAACAAAUCCUCAUUUAAGACACACAACAAUCAGUCGAUGUCUCUCUCAUCGUCGCUCAGCGACGACUCGACCACACCGUCGACAUCACCCGAGGAUCAGGUCAUGCGAAACAAUUUCGACGACUUUGGCCUCUCUUAUGAUGAACUUAAAUGUGUCAACGAUUUUAAUGCCAUCACUGAUGUGACGGACAAUAGGGAUAGUAAAGCGGUAGUGAAUCGACCAACAGUUCAGCCAUCGGUUCCCAAAAGGACACAAUUAGUGGACAAUAGACUGGCGGCUGUGUCCGCGCAGUCGCAACCAGUGAAUGGUUCCGACGAGGAGUCGUCCGACACAGAAAGCCAUUACUCGCCGCCAAAAGGUGUGGACACUCCGAGUGCCGUACGACUGGCCAAACGGCUCUUCAACUUAGAGGGCUUUAAGAAGUCCGACGUUUCGCGACAUUUGAGCAAAAAUAACGAAUUCAGUCGAGUUGUGGCCGAAGAGUACCUCAAAUACUUCGACUUCAGUGACCAGACGCUGGACUUAGCGUUGAGAAAGUUUUUGUCCCGCUUUUCGCUGAUCGGAGAAACGCAGGAAAGGGAACGCGUUUUGGUUCACUUCUCCAAACGGUUUUACGACUACAACCCCAACGGGCCGUACAAAUCAAACGACUCAAUACAUACGCUUACCUGCGCUCUAAUGCUACUCAACACCGAUCUUCACGGAGAGAACGUGGGCCGCAGAAUGACGUGCAAUGAGUUCGUCCACAACUUGUCGGGAAUGAACGACGGCUACGACUUUCCACGCGAUGUCCUCCGACUCCUAUAUCAGGCCAUCAAAGAUACGCCCCUCGAGUGGAAUGCCGAUGAAAGCAGUGAAACGCAUACAAUAGACCGAAACGGUGUGGAUUUGAUGGCAACAAACCUGAGCCAACACAUCAGUAUUAUAGGUCACAACCCAUUUCUAGAGGUGCCGAACCCUAACUGCGCGACUGAAUAUAAAAAGGGUUAUGUAAUGAGAAAAUCAUGCUAUGAAUCAAAUGGCAAAAAAACACCGGUGGGGAAGAGGGGAUGGAAAAUGUUUUACGCGACGCUCAGAGAUCUGAUUCUGUACUUACAUAAAGACGAACAGGGAUUCCGCAAAAAUCAAUUGUACGAGAGUUUGACGCACUCUAUACGAGUACAUCACGCGCUCGCCUCCAAUGCCAGCGAUUACACCAAAAAGCAAUUCGUGUUCCGAUUGUUGACUGCAGACCACUCCGAAUACCUCUUCCAAACCAGUGAUUCGAGAGAAUUGCAGAUAUGGAUUGACACAAUUAAUACGGUGUCCGCUAGUCUUUCAUCCCCUGCUUUGCCAGAAGCGGUCGGUUCUGAUAUUAAGAAAUUCCAGAAACCAUUGCUUCCCGUCAGUCACACUAAACUCAAUUUGCGGGAACAACUUGUAGACCAAGAGAAACGAGUGGAACUAUUGGAGACACAACUCGAUCAACACUUAUCGAAAGCACUUCAAAAGAAAGCAUCGAAGAGACAAAUGAGUGAAUUCGCCGAAAAGGAGAAUUAUCUACAGUACGAGCUAAAGAGAUACCGGGUUUACGUGUCGGCCCUGAAAUGGAAAGUAUCUCAACUCAAUCUCUUAAAUAACUUGACGCCACUAUUGAACUCAUCGUCGGCUCCGCCGCUGCUGUCGGUGGCGAUUGGCGAGGAGUCGGACGACGAUUCAAACGAUAUUCCCGUCAUAACUACCGUUAAAAAGAGUUAUUCAACCGAU